AUGCAUCAUCACAGUGCAGGUGUUAUUGUAACCUCAGGGACGGACAGUUCCGCCCUAAUGUCGUCCCGCCAACCAAAGCAGUCCAAUCCUCUUUCUCGUCUACGAGCGUUCCAAAAAAGCAUACAUUCCCUGCUUACAGACUCAGCAUUUCAGCCUCUUUACGACAUUACCAUCGUCGCAGAAAACAAAGAACUUCGAGCUCACCGGUGCAUUCUGGCAGCAUGCAGCGAAUAUUUCAAGAGACUUUUCUGCGAACCGAAUAAUACUGCUACUAAAAUUGAGUUCCAACAAAGAUGGGUGGUGGUGCAGCAGUUGGUUCGAUGCAUGUAUGGUGCUGAUAUUGAACCCGGAACAGAUCCUGAAAUCAUUUUGGAGGUUCUAGCAGAAGCACGCAACCUCGAAGUCCAUUGUUUGUGUAUCGAAGACUGUAUAUCUUUAAUUGUCGAUCAACUGAGUAUAAACAACUGCGCCCGUGUGCUGACGCACCUGGAAGUAGCAAACCACCGAGAGCUCUCGCGUUUAGUGUGUGGGUACAUCGUGAAGAGGUUCCCAGACAUCGUGAAGAACCCAUCCUCGAGACAGCAGCUGCUACAAAUGCCGAGAAAUCAACUGAUCUAUAUGGUCCGAGAGCUAUGCAGGAGGUGUGAUAGUAACCGCGAUACUGACUUGAUAGUAAGUUUCGUCCUCGACUGGUCGAGAUUCGACGCUGUUUGCGACCUGCUACGCGACUGCAAAACAUGGGACUGGAGUCUAGAGCCUGGAGCUCUCUCGGUGUUUCGAGACGAUGACUCUGGUGCUUCUGCUGCUCAAGCUGCCGCUGCUGGUAUGCAACAGGCGUUCCAGUGGAAAGUGACAACUCUGCGGGCAGCGCUGUCGGAGCAUUCACCAGUCAAAUACGUCGUAGGAACCUACUUCGAUUGGUCUGUACGCCUCGACUCGGGUUCUGAAGAUCAAAUCCGAAUCGUUUACGAAGCAGCUCUUGACCGAAAUCCUGGGCAACCCGCAUGCAUUAAACGUUUCCCUGCUGCAUUUUUUGCAUGGCAGGUCUUGUACAGAGGACAAGACAUUUUUCACGAGACGGUGUUCAUUUGUUUUCCAGAGCACGUUGAUCUGCACUGGUCAACUACACUCUCGAUCAAAGCAUCGGAUGUAACUGACAACGACGACUUGACUUUGAUGGUGACGAUGACGGAAAUUCCGUUGAUUUCUUUGAUUCUUUAUUAUUUCUCGAGUGACUUGACCCAAACACUGGCGCAUGAAGAUAUUGUUAAUAGGCUCCCGCACAUCGAGUAUCGUUGUCUCUCUUCGUAUACGCUAAUACAUUCCACUCAGCCACGCCCCCUCGCACCUCCGAUGUAG